AUGUACAGACAAGACCGAAGUAGUUCAGGGAAGAAGCGAGGCGGUGGUGUUGCUACUUUCAUCAAUUCUCAGUGGUCUGUUGCCAACAACGUCUGUUUCAAAUUCUCAAAUGAUAAUAUUGACUGUAUAACUGUCAAAUGUCGACCUAAACACCUAUCUAAAUACAAAUUCAUUUAUAUCACGAAUAUUUAUGUCACACCUUGUUGUAGCAAUUCAGAAUUAUCUAUGCUUGCUGAUGAAUUCACUAUUUUCGCUGCCGCCCCUUUUGGUAACUCCCUUUCCAUAGUGACGGGUGAUUUUAAUUCAUGUGACUGCAGCUUUCUCACAGUGAUAGGUCAUGAAAAUGUUGUUAACUUCCCCACCAGACUGGAUAAUUCCCUCGAUCUUGUAUUCAUAAAUGACUUUGGAAUAUACGAAGCUCGUAAAAGAGCUCCACUGUUUAACUCAGAUCAUUGUAUUGUACGGGUUUUACCUAAAAUUUUUGGAAAAUUACACAAGAGAACUUUUUCACACCUUUCCAAGAAAACUGUACAUGGAUGUUACUCUAUGGAGAAUGUUCAUAACCUCAGAAGCAUGCUCAAAGAUACAAAGUGGGACCUGUUUAAAGAAGACUCUCUUGAUGACACGAUCUCUAAUAUUACUAGUUAUCUCAAAUUUUGUCUUGACACCUGUUGUCCCAGAGAAACGCUCUUCAUCAGAUUUGACCGUUUCUCCUCCCCUCAACUUAAAAAGCUUAGCAGACAGAAAGAAAAAUUAUAUAAAAUGAAGGAUAAUGCUGGUUUGAAAAGAAUCAAUAUCCUAAUAAAGUCCGAAAUGCACAGAUUGAAUUCAAUUCACAACCAAAAGUUUAUAUCCUGUAAAAAUGCGUCUAACAUUUGGAAACUUUUCAAAGAAAUUACUGGUGGUAAGCAGAUGAACAGUAUUCCUUUUCCCCUUGAUGUUUCCGAACUAAACAAGUCCUUCAUACAUUCUCCCACGAAUGCCAAACUUUCUAGUGUUACAAGUAUUAAUGAAACCUGCUUCCCUGGAUUUACUACAAAUGAUGUUCUAAAAUGUCUCCAGUCUAUGAACCCUUCUUGUAGCCUGGGUCCAGAUGGUUUGCCUAGUGUUAUUCUUAAAAAUUGUGCAGAUAUCCUGUGUUAUCCUCUCAUGGACAUAUUUAAUGAAUCUUUUUCCAAAAAUGUCGUGCCAGCCGCUUGGAAAGACAUUAAAAUUGUACGUAUUCCUAAGUCGUCUACUGCGACAUGUUUUAAAUUCAGACCCAUUGCUAUUACUUCCCCUUUUCUAAAAGCUGUGGAAAAGUUGCUCUUACUUAAUCUUCAACCUUCACUUAAAGCCUUUAACAAUCCCAAACAAUUCCCCUACAAACAUAGUAGAAGAACUUUGGACGCAGCUGCAGUCCUGUAUCAUAACAUUGUCUCCAGCUUAGACAAGAGGGGUAAAUUUGUUCGCUGCACCUUUCUAGAUUAUACAUCUGCUUUUGACUCAGUACCUAGGGACAUUUUACUAAACAAGCUUGCUGAAACUCAAACUGACUGUUGGGUUGUCAAAUGGCUCCAUUCUUAUUUCUCAGAAAGAAAGCAAUACACUGUAUGUCAGGGAAAGUCGUCCACUUCAUUACUUACUGAGGCUGGUGUCCCUCAAGGCGCUGUCCUUUCUCCUUUUCUGUUUUCUUUCUUCUUGCAUGACUUGCCUCACUCCGAUGAAAUGAACUUUGUUAAGGAUGCCGAUGAUCUAACUAUCUCAGUGUCUGUUAACUCUCAACUUGACUGUAUUAAGAUUAACCACUUUCUAUCAGAAAUUAGCAAAUGGUCUUCGUCUAACGGCCUUAAACUUAAUCCUUCCAAAUGUCAGACCGUAAAUUUCAGUUUCCGAUGUAAACGAAAGUUAAAUGAAGCCGUUGGUUCAUAUGACCCUUGCAAAAUCGAUGAUACUGAUGUAGAAGCCGAGUAUGAAGUUAAGUAUCUUGGAUUAGUUCUCUCUUCUGCCUUACCUGGUCUUCUCAUGUCUUAG